GAUGCACGCGCUACUAGCCAGCUUGGUUCAGUGGAGUUCUGUCUCUGACGAUUCGAUUCCAAUACCGCGACGGCUCCGAAAUGGAGAGCGACUGCCAGUUCCUGCUGGCGCCGCCGCCGCGCAUGUACGCCGCGGCGGGGGACGACGGCCAGUUCCUUCAGCAGCAUCAGCUGAACGGCGGCGGCGCCGGGGAGAGGAAGCGGCGGUUCACGGAGGAGCAGGUGCGGUCGCUGGAGAGCACGUUCCACACGCGGCGCGCCAAGCUGGAGCCCCGGGAGAAGGCGGAGCUGGCGCGCCAGCUGGGGCUGCAGCCGCGCCAGGUGGCCAUCUGGUUCCAGAACAAGCGCGCCCGGUGGCGCUCCAAGCAGCUGGAGCAGGACUUCGCCGAGCUGCGCGGCCAUUACGACGCCCUCCGCGCUCGCGUCGAGUCGCUCAAGCAGGAAAAGCUCACUCUCGCCGCGCAGCUGGAAGAGCUGAAGAAGAAGCUGAACGAGCGGCAGGACCAGAGCGCCAGCUGCGGCGGCUCUUGCGCCGUCGCCGACGUGGACGACAAGAGAAACAACGUUAGCAGCUGCGUCAUGAAGGCGAAGGAUGAGAGCGUGGCGCCGGCGACAGACGUCUCGGACGGCUCAACUCCGGGCUGGUACGAGUAUGACGACCACCUGGCGUACGGGGUUGACCUGCACGAGCCGUUCUGCGCCACUCCGGAGCUGUGGGAGACGUCAUGGCCGCUGGUGGAGUGGAACGCAGUGGCAUGAACCAACGUUGCAUACACUACAUCUGUGUACGUCGAUGCUGUUGCUAGCUUGUCUAGCUGGUUGAUCCGGACUAUGUAGAUCAGGUCGAUCGGGCCGUCAGGUAGAAUCGUAGAACAGAUAGGUAGUAGGGAUCCCACAUGCAAGCAGCCAUGAAAUCUGAUGCGAGAAAUCCUCCCGCCGACCGGCCGACGAUCUGCUCCGUCGACUCUGGGAUUCAUGUCCGUGAAAAUGGCUUAAGAGUCACGCGAACCGUGUCUGGCGGCUGUCACUCAUGUGAUUCCUGUGGCGUCGUCGCCGACGAAAGAGAACCACUGUUACCUAUAGAGAACGUGUUUCACCA